AUUUGUUCAUUAUUACAUAGAGAGAGAGAGAGAGAGAGAGAGUUAGGGUUUAGGGUUUAGAGAGAGAGAGCGCUUAAAAGAGAUGGACGAAGAAUGCUUAAGCGCAGCAGAACGGCGUAAAAUCGAAGAGACAGUUCUGCAAAUCCUCAGAGCGUCGGAGCUUGAGACGGUUACUGAGUUCGGCGUGCGUUCGGGCGCCGCCUUGCGGCUAGGCUUCGAGCUCUCCGGCUUAAACCACCGUCUGCUCGUUAGGCAGCUAGUCGAUUCAUUCCUGCUAUCCACGGCGGCGGAGAUUCUCCGAACGAAUUCGUUCCAUAAGAUUCAUGACAGCAGUAGCAGCGAUAAAAGCGCUGAUUAUCACGUCGAACAGCGGCGGGAGCAGCAACGACGGUGUGAUGUUGAUGCUAUAUCGGGAGCGAAAUACGAUGGCAGGAUUAUUUGUAAGUUAUCAGACAAGAGGAAGGUUACAGUUCAUGAUUUUAUGGGGGGAACCGUAGUCUCAAUCCGUGAUUUCUAUGUACAAGGUGGAAAUUUGCUUCCUGCAAGAGGUGAAAACUCUGGAAUAAGCUUGACAUCUGCGCAAUGGUCAUCCUUCAGGAACAGCGUUCCUUCUGUAGAGGAGGCCAUUGUUAGAAUGCAAUCACGUUUGAGAUCUAGAGCUGUUACAAGACAAAGUAAAGCAGACAUAUCAAAUCCAGUGACAGAUUCUGUCAGUGAGAAGAGCCAAACUGCGAUAGGUGUUUCUAGUUUGGCAAGUGCUCUUCACCUUCCCGCCAAGAGGAAACGGAAUCAAAAUGAACCAGAGACGAGAAGUUCAGCAGCAGAUCCUGCUGAAGAGGGUCAAACACAAACCAUUUCUAAUUUGGUAAGCAUCGUUCAACCUCAUGACAAGAGUGGACAAACUGAGGUUGAUGCAUCUAAUGUAGUGAUUGCCUCCAUCUCUCAAGAGCAAAUUCUUGCUGAAAAAGCACAAGAAGCACCAGGUACUUGUGGAACAACUUCCAGCUAUCAGAAACCAAUUCCUGCCUGUAGAACUGAAGCGGCAUCUCAAAACUCUACGGUGGUGCCUCCACUUCCUAUUCAACUUGAUAGCGCUGCUGCACUUUCUCCAGAUGAUGUUGGUAUUUCCACUUCGGUGCCUUCAUUUCCUAGUCAAAGGCACCCACAUCAUACAGCUAUUGCAAUUCCUCCUGAACAACUGAUCCCUAUACAGCCAGUCCGUUUUGAUGGAAGAAAUUACCAUUCCUGGAGGAUUCAAAUGGAAAUGUUCCUAAAUCAGUUAAGCAUAGCGUAUGUGCUUUCUGAGCGAUGCCCCAACAUAUCUUUGAAACCAGAAGCUAGUUUUGAAGAUAUGGUCGGAGCCAAGGCUGCCGUGCAAAGGUGGACUACUGAUGACUACUUGUGCCGCUAUAAUAUAUUGAAUUCUUUAUGUGACAGUCUUUUUCAAUUAUACUCACAAAAAAGUUUAUCGGCUGGAGAGCUCUGGGAUGAACUCAGAGCUGUAUACAAUGAAGAUUUUGGAAACAAAAGGUCACAAAUCAACAAGUAUAUUCACUUUCAGAUGGUUGAUGGGGUAUCAAUUUUUGAUCAGAUCCAAGAACUGCACAAGAUUGCCGAUUCCAUUAUUGCUGCUGGAACAUGGAUCGAGGAAUACUUCCAUACGAGUGUUAUAGUCUGCAAGCUCCCACCUUCAUGGAAGGAGCUUCGCCUUAAACUGAUGCAAGAGGAGUUUUUAACUCUUAAUAUGCUGAUGCAUCGUCUUCAACUUGAAGCAGAAUCUCGCAACUUGUGCGAGAAAGAAGCCAACUCUAAGAAGGGUCGUCAUGUUAUGGAGCCGAAGCUUGACCAGAGACAGGGAACAAAGAAAGAUGAAAACAAAAGAGCAUGCUUUACUUGUGGGAAGGAGGGGCACAUCAGUAAGCACUGUCGUGGUAGGAAGUUUGAACCCUGGGAUAAGAGCAAGGGCAAGGAGAAUGGAUUCCUCUCCCCAUGUACAGGCACCAAAAUGGAUGAUGCAAAUAAAAGAGCAUGUUUGAUAUGUGGCAAGGAUGGGCAUAUUAGCAAGAACUGUCGCAAUAGGAAGUCCGAACCCUGUGAUAAGAGCAACGGUGAGGAAAACAGAUCUCUGUCUCCACCUACAGGCUCCAAAAUGGAUGAUGCAGCAAAACCGAAGUAAAACAGCUCCACUUGUGUUGUUUUUGAUGGGCGUGCCUCGUCAUUGCUCACUCUUGAAAGACUACUUUGUGAAAUUUUUGAGGAGGGAUAAUGCACUAUAAUGGGAGGUUGAUGACCAUUCCCAUACCAUUUCAACCAGUUCUCUUUUAGGGUAAAAACUUUACAAGCUGCUUUAUCAGAAUUGCUUGUUUCUCAUAAUAAGAUGUUUUAUCUCUUAGUUUGAGAACUAUAUAUACGUAACGUAUAACGUUACUUUGCAGGUGGCUGGUGCUUCCCUUUCUGGAAUCGGUUGCAUUGUUGUACAAGACAUAUACUUGUUGGAGUAAGUAUUCUGCUCUUGCUUGAGGGUUAGUAGCAGUGUUAUUUUUGGAGUAGAGAUUGUGAAUGCCUAUUAUAGGAAGUGUUGGUUUUCUGUCUUGAUUCUUUUGCAUUGUUUAUAUUAGCCCAACAUUUUUCUUCGUUAGUAAUCAUUAGGUAUAACUGUCUGCCCAAAUUUCGUAAUCUAAAGUUUUUCGGCAUCAAAGCCUGUUUGUCCGAAUACUGUAAAAUAUAAUUUCAACAGCUCUUAUUUAAUAUUUUGUACCUAAUUCUAAAA